AUGUUGACUUAUGAAGAAAUUUCGAAACACUCCAAGAAGGAUGAUUGCUGGGUUAUCAUUCAUGGAAAAGCUUAUGAUGUCACCUCUUUCUUGGAUGAGCACCCAGGGGGAUCAGGUAUCAUACUCAAGUAUGCUGGCAAAGAUGCGACAAAGGCCUUCGAUCCAAUUCAUCCCAGCGACACUCUCACGAAAUACCUCCCACCAGAACUUCACCUAGGCGAUGUUGAUCCCAAAAGCAAACCUCCAGGUAAGAUCAAAAAUAAGGUUGCUGAGGAACAGAGCGGUAGUCUAGCUGGCGCUAAUGCACUUGCACCUUCCAAAACUGUCGAGGAAUUUGAUGUUGAGUAUGACGAGCAAGAUGAUAAAAUUCCUCUUUUUGAGGCCUCAGAUCAUGACGUUUCCCAAACGAAUGCCUCAGACGAUAUCGAUGUCUAUGAUGAUGAUGACGAUGAUGAACCCCCAACAGCCCAUGAAAUCAACAGAAGAAAGAUGGUGAAAAUGAAGCCGGAUUUGAGUCAGAUGUACAAUUUGCAUGAUUUCGAGCAUGUUGCAAAAAAUACCAUGGAGCUUACUGCUUGGGCUUAUUAUUCAUCUGGUGCAGACGAUGAAAUUGCCCUACGCAACAACCAUUUAGCGUAUCAGAGAAUCCUUUUCCGGCCGAAGAUUUUGAUGGAUGUCACAAACAUAAGCUUACUGACUGAAAUGCUUGGAAGCCAAACAUCCGUCCCAUUCUACAUCACGGCUACUGCCCUUGGUAAACUUGGUCAUCCUGAUGGAGAGAAGGUCCUUACUCGUGCUGCGUCUAGACAAGGGGUUAUUCAAAUGAUACCAACAUUGGCAUCGUGCUCCUUUGAUGAAAUUGUUGACCAAGCAGAUGGGAAGCAGACUCAAUGGUUUCAAUUGUAUGUCAAUUCAGACAGAGAAGUGACGAAAAGGAUUGUUCAACAUGCUGAGUCUAGAGGAAUCAAGGGUCUUUUUAUUACUGUUGAUGCGCCGCAAUUGGGAAGGCGUGAAAAGGAUAUGAGGUCGAAGAACGUUGAAGAUUUGAGUCAUGUUCAAGGCGAAGGUGAAGAUGCUGACCGCACGCAAGGCGCCGCUCGCGCAAUCUCAUCAUUCAUUGAUACAUCCUUAAAUUGGGAUGAUAUUGCUUGGUUCCGCUCUAUCACGAAAAUGCCUAUAAUUUUGAAAGGCGUUCAACGGGUUGAAGACGCACUUCUUGCCAUUGAACACAAGGUAGAUGGAAUAGUCAUAUCGAACCAUGGUGGAAGACAACUCGAUCUGGUGAAGCCACCGAUUGAAGUCCUCGCUGAGCUCCAACCCAUUCUAAAGAAGAACAAUCUAAGCAAAAGGAUGGAAAUUUUCAUCGACGGUGGAAUUAGGAGGGGAAGUGACAUACUAAAAGCAAUUGCACUUGGUGCUAAAGGUGUUGGCCUCGGCAGGCCAUUCCUCUAUGCAAUGUCUACGUAUGGCGACGAUGGAGUUUUCAAAGCCGUCCAGAUUUUGAAAGACGAAAUGAUCAUGAAUAUGAGGCUUCUUGGAGCGCGCUCGAUUGAAGAGUUAGACAGCUCUAUGAUCGAUACAUCAGCACUCGAUAGAGUAUUUCCGGAAGACAAACUAUUCAGUCAUGUCUAUGAGCCGUUAGUCACUCCACAAUUCGUCGACAACCGCUGUUGGUAUCCUGAUAAAGACCAAGGAUGGAUAGGAGUAAAGGUUCUUUCGAAUAACAACAACGGUGGGAAAACAGAACUCAAACUAGCUUCUGAGAGUGAUGAGACAGUCUAUACUGUCACAACUGAUAAUCUUUCAGAAGACAACACGGAGUUACCCCCCUUGAGAAACCCUCCCAUCUUAGAAGCUGCUGAAGACUUGACCUCUUUGUCUUACCUCAACGAGCCAGCUGUGUUACAUGCCAUCAAAGUUCGGUAUUCUCAAUUAAACAUUUACACCUAUUCUGGAAUAGUCUUGAUUGCAACGAAUCCCUUUCAAAAGGUUGACCAACUUUACUCUCAAGAUAUUGUUCAAGCAUAUGCCGGCAAGUCCAGAGGGGAACUCGAGCCUCAUCUUUUCGCCAUAGCUGAAGAUGCUUACCGCUGCAUGAAAAGGGACGGAGAGAACCAAACGAUUGUUGUCAGUGGAGAGUCGGGCGCUGGAAAAACUGUUAGUGCAAAAUAUAUCAUGAGAUACUUUGCAUCAGUGGAAGAGGAGUCCGAACUUGAAAAUAAAGUUGGCACUGAGCAUAAGUCAGAUAUGUCAGAUGUGGAAAAGCAGAUCUUAGCAACAAAUCCAAUCACAGAGGCCUUCGGAAAUGCUAAGACUACGCGAAACGACAACUCUUCGCGUUUUGGAAAGUACUUGGAAAUUCUUUUUGACUCCGAGACUAGAAUUAUUGGCGCCCGAAUCAGAACUUACUUGUUGGAGAGAUCGAGAUUAGUUUUUCAACCCAAGGGAGAACGUAACUAUCACAUCUUUUACCAGAUGCUUGCCGGUAUGACCAACGAGGAAAAAGGUGAACUCAAAUUGACCUGUGCGGAAGACUUCAAGUACACAAACCAAGGGGAUGCAAUAAUAAUUCCAGGUGUCGAAGAUGGGCAAGACUUCGCUACUACAAAAGACUCCUUGAACUUGAUCGGAAUCAAUGACGGAAUGCAAGCUGAGAUUUUCAAACUUCUAGCCGCGAUGUUACACAUUGGUAAUAUCGAGAUCGCAGCAACUCGUAAUGAUGCUUUUCUUUCAUCUGACGAACCCAGUGUUGUGAAUGCGUGUUCAUUACUUGGUAUCGAUGCUACCGCUUUCAGCAAAUGGUGUGUCAAGAAGCAAAUCACGACAAGAUCAGAGAAAAUCACAAGCAGUUUGAAUCACAAGCAGGCAAUUGUGGCACGAGAUUCAUUUGCAAAAUACAUCUAUUCCGCCCUAUUCGAUUGGCUUAUUGACUAUAUCAACACCGACCUCUGUCCACCAGAUGUUGGUGAAAAUAUCAAGUCUUUCAUUGGUGUAUUAGAUAUCUAUGGAUUCGAGCACUUCGAGAAAAACUCUUUUGAGCAAUUUUGCAUCAACUAUGCCAAUGAAAAAUUGCAGCAGGAGUUCAACCAACAUGUCUUCAAACUUGAGCAAGAAGAGUAUGUUCGCGAGGAAAUUGAGUGGUCUUUCAUCGACUUUUCGGACAACCAACCAUGCAUCAAUUUAAUUGAGAAUAAACUUGGUGUGCUCGCAUUACUUGAUGAGGAAUCAAGGUUACCUGCUGGAAAUGAUGAAUCCUGGGUUGAAAAGAUGUAUCAGAGUCUUGAUAAGCCGCCAACUAAUACCGUUUUCAAAAAACCUCGUUUCGGGCAGACCAAAUUCAUAGUUAGUCACUAUGCUCUUGAUGUGACUUACGAUAUCGAAGGCUUCAUUGAGAAAAAUAGAGACACAGUGGGCGAGGGUCAUCUUGAUGUUUUGAAGCAAACUACCAACAAGCUUCUCUCUGAUGUCUUAUCCAUUAUUGAUAAAAACGCCGCCAAGUUGGAAAGCUCUGCAUCCGUCAAGAAAAGUGUUUCUUCGAAAAAGCCUACUUUAGGCUCCAUGUUCAAAAACUCCCUCAUCGAAUUGAUGAAAACCAUUAACUCCACAAAUGUCCACUAUAUUCGCUGCAUCAAGCCAAACGAAGACAAGCGUGCGUGGGAAUUUGAUUCAUUGAUGGUCUUAUCUCAGUUGAGAGCUUGUGGUGUCCUAGAAACUAUUCGCAUAUCUUGUGCGGGCUUCCCAUCAAGAUGGACGUUCGUGGAAUUUGCUGAUAGAUAUCACAUUUUGGUACCCUCAGAGGAAUGGCUUAAGGUUAUGAGUGGCGACACUACCCAAGAGUCUGUUUCGGGAUUAUGCAACAAAAUCCUAUCGUCAAACAUCAGUGACUCUGGGAAAUUCCAAUUGGGUAACACGAAAAUCUUUUUCAAGGCUGGUAUGCUUGCUCAUUUCGAAAAGUUGCGUUCCGAAAAACUUCAUCGCUCGGCGGUUAUGAUUCAGAAGAACUUGAGGCGUAUUCACCAAAGAAAGAUUUACCUCGAUAUCAGAUCUAGCCUUGUCAGCUUACAGUCCCUCCUCAGAGGGCAUGGUGCGAGAAUGAGAGUCCAACGCGAGAGAGAGCAUGAGGCUGCAGUGAAAAUUCAAACCUUGCUCAGAUCUCACCUCUGCAGAAGAAGAUUGAAGGCAGCACUUGAUAGUAUCUUGGUGUUGCAAAACGCAUUGAGAGGAUUUCAGGCGAGAAAAAGUUUCAGGGAUGUUAAACUCGAGAAAUCGGCGAUUGUUCUCCAAAAGGCUUUCAGGUGCCGUCGCUCUCGCGAUGAGUAUGUUCAACAACGGAAUUCUGCCGUUGUCCUUCAAUCACACAUGAGAAGGAAGUUGGCGCGCCGUGAGCUCUUGUCUUUGAGGGAGGAUGCAAAAUCCGUUAAUCACUUGAAAGAAGUCUCAUAUAAAUUGGAGAAUAAGGUCAUCGAGCUCACACAGUCGUUAACUUCCAAAAUAAAGGAUAACAAGUCAUUGAUGGAAGAAAUCGACAGCCUUAAGGAGCUUCUUUCGCAAUCAAGCUCAGCGACUGAGGCCCUUAAAACUCGUGAGGUUGAGUUCAACGAAAAGUUUGAUUCCCAAAAUGACGCGUAUAAGAAGGAAACUGAAUUGUUGAAUGUUGAACUUGAAUCAAUAAGAAAAGAGUACCAAACGGCUGAGGUCAGAAUCGAGGAAUUGACUAAGGAACAAGCAGAGCUUCGACAGGAAGUCAAACGUAACAUUGAGGAACUCAAUGAAGCGAGAAACGCGCUCGUGAAGCGGGAUACCAUCGAAGUUGAUCUCAAGUCUCAUAUUGAGCAAUUGCAAGCACAACUCACCAGCCUUCAAUCGCAACAAAGUCAAGUGCAAUCUUCUAAAUUACGCAGUAUGGGUAACAAGAGGCAUAGUAGUGCGGGCACGUGGAAUUCUCAGCACCAUUUCGAUCUGCAAAGACCAGUUUCUGUGAUUGCAGUCUCUAAUGAUGAUGCGGCGGAUGCAGAUGAUAUCAACGAUGAGUUGUUCAAACUCUUAAGGGAUACGCGCCCACUUCAUCGCGAGAUCGUUGAAGGAUUGUUAAAAGGCCUUAAAAUUCCACCAUCUGGCGUUGCUGCGGAUCUUACGCGGAAAGAGGUUUUGUUUCCAGCGAGAAUAAUCAUUAUCAUUCUUUCUGAUAUGUGGAGACUCGGCCUCACAAGGGAAAGUGAGGAAUUCCUUGGUGAAGUAUUGGCGGGAAUCCAGCAGAUUGUUUCGACUUUGAAAGAAGAUGAGGUUAUCUCGAACGGUGCGUUUUGGCUUUCCAACACCCAUGAGCUUUAUUCAUUUGUCUCAUACGCCCAACAAACCAUCAUCGCAAACGAUUCGUUAUCUCAUGAUAUGAGUGAAGAAGAGUUCGAUGAAUACUUGAAAUUAGUGGCAGUCGUAAAGGAGGACUUUGAGUCGCUUUCAUACAACAUCUAUAAUAUGUGGAUGAAAAAGAUGGAAAAAGAUUUGGAGAAGAAGGCGGUUUCUGCAGUCGUGAUUUCUCAGUCACUUCCUGGGUUCAUGGCACCCGAAAACUCUCCCUUUUUGGCGAAGGUAUUUUCACAAGGUGUGCAAUAUAAAAUGGAUGACAUCUUAUCUUUUUUCAACACGGUUUACUGGUCGAUGAAGUCAUACUUUAUCGAGGGCGAAGUCAUGAAUUCAGUCAUUAUUGAGCUUUUGCGCUUUGUGGAUGCUUUGUGUUUCAACGAUUUGAUUAUGCGCAGAAACUUUUUGUCAUGGAAGCGUGGUUUGCAAUUGAAUUAUAACGUCACACGACUUGAAGAGUGGUGUAAGAGCCACGAUAUUCACGAAGGCUCGUCUCACCUCAACCACUUGUUGCAAGCAGCCAAGCUCUUGCAACUCAGAAAAAACACACCAGAGGAUAUUGAUAUCAUUUAUGAAAUCUGCUUCGCGUUGAAGCCAAUCCAAAUCCAGAAGUUGAUAUCUCAAUACUAUGUCGCGGAAUAUGAGACACCGAUUGCACCUGAUGUGUUGCAGGCAGUUGCCGAUAAGGUAAAGUCAAGCGACGGUUCAAAUGAUGAUUUAUUCGAAGUGGUUGCGACGGAUGGUCAUUUUGACGAUCCUUUCCGGGCAGUGAACUUACGACCAUUUUCUCGUGUGGAAGCUUAUGUUCCGGCAUGGUUAAGCCUUCCAGUGAUUAGAAGGAUUGUGGAGCUUGUCGCCAAAAAUGCCUCCGUUCAGGAAGAACCGAUAACCUCGGCCGAAGACGAGCUACAUUGA